GGCGUCGGCACCAUGGCGACGGGCGGUGGUGGGGCUGGGUUGGCGAUGGCGGCUUGCUUCUCUUUGUCCUCCGCCGCUGUGACUGCGUUCUUCCUUUUGGUCCUUCCGUGCGUCUCGAAAGCCCAGACCUUCUCCUUCCCUUUCCAGCAGCCGGAUACUUGCGGCCACAAUCAGUACUUCGAUACCUCCGCGCUUUCCUGUGUCUCGUGUGGAGCCAACCAGAGGCAGGAUGCCCGAGGAACUUCAUGUGUGUGUCUACCAGGAUUUCAGAUGAUCUCUAAUAAUGGAGGAUCUACCAUUAUUUGUGAAAAGUGCCCAGAAAACAUGAAAGGUGUUACUGAAGAUGGCUGGAACUGCAUCUCUUGCCCUUAUGGUUUAACUGAACAAGGAAAAUGCCAGUGUCCCCCUGACCAUAUUUUAGUGGAAAGAAAUGUUAACGGAACAUUGUUGUCUCGCGCAACUUGUGAGCUCUGUGACGGAAAUGAAAGGUCUUUUACAAUAGCGAAUGCUUUAGGAAACAGGUGUAUCCGAUGUGAACCAACGUUCGUUAAUACCAGCAGGUCCUGUGCAUGUUCGCAACCUAACAUUUUAACAGGUGGAUUAUGUUUCAGCAGCACAGGAAAUUUUCCUCCAAAUGUAAUUUCAACUACACGUUAUGGAGAGCUUGGCAUGUCUUUAGCCUCAGAAUGGUUUUCACAGUAUUUGCACUCAUCAGCAGCUGCAUGUUUGGUAUAUUCCAAUCUAACAUCUUGCCAAACUCUUGGAAAUAUGUGUGUGAUGAACAUGAAUUCUUAUGACUCUGCCACUUUUGAUGCAUGUCGACUGUUUCAGUUUAUCUUUGAAAAUACUGCCAGUCUGGGCACUGUUCAUUCUGUUUCAUUUUGGAGACAGACUCUUCCAUGGCUGUUCUAUGGAGACCAGCUAGGAUUAGCACCUCAAGUACUCAGUACUACACCUCUUCCUACAAAUUUCAGUUUUAAAGGGCAAAACCAGAAUACAAAACUGAAGUUUGUUGCAGCUUCCUAUGAUGUAAGAGGAAAUUUUCUUAAGUGGCAAACUUUAGAAGGAGGUGUUUUACAGCUUUGUCCAGACACUGAGGCAAGACUGAAUGCUGCUUAUUCUUUUGGAACAACCUAUCAACAAAAUUGUGAGAUUCGUAUGUCUAAAAUCUUAACUGACUUUCCCUCUCCUGUAUUUUAUGAUGUGUACCUUGAAUAUACUGAUGAAAAUCAACACCACUAUAUUUGGGCUCUGCCUGUGUUAAACCUAAAUCUUCAAUACAAUAAAAUGUUUGUGAACCAAGACAGUAAUUCUGGCAAGUGGCUUCUGACUCGGCGCAUUUUCUUAGUGGAUGCAGUAAGUGGACGAGGAAAUGACUUAGGAGGUCAGCCAAGAGUAAUUCGAAUUGCUACCCAAAUAUCACUGAGCAUCCAACUUGUACCUAAUACAAAAAAUGGAAACAUCUUCCCCCCGUUAAUUACCAUUGCCUACAGUGACAUUGAUAUCAAAGAUCCCAACAGCCAGUCUGUGAAGGUUUCUUUCUCAGUCAACUAUGAAAUGAAUCAAGGAGAGGCACAGGUCCAGACAGAUAUUGCUUUGGGCGUGUUGGGUGGGCUAGCUGUUUUAUUGUCUCUUCUGAAGACCGCAGGUUGGAAGAGGCGCAUCGGGAGUCCCAUGAUUGAUUUACAGACAGUUAUAAAAUUUUUGGUAUACUAUGCUGGUGAUCUGGCCAAUGUUUUCUUUAUCAUAACAGUGGGAACAGGUCUUUAUUGGCUUAUUUUCUUCAAAGCACAGAAGUCUGUCUCUGUUUUGCUACCAGUGCCGAAUCAGGAAGAACGCUUUGUCACUUACAUGGGAUGUGCUUUUGCUAUGAAGGCUCUGCAAUUUUUGCAUAAGCUCAUAUCUCAGAUUACCAUAGAUAUAUUUUUUAUUGACUGGGAGAGACCUAAAGGAAAGGUUCUAAAAGCUGUUGAAGGUGAAGGUGGUGUUCGGAGUGCUACUGUUCCUGUAAGCAUAUGGAGAACAUAUUUUGUAGCAAAUGAAUGGAAUGAAAUUCAGACUGUGAGAAAAAUUAAUCCACUCUUUCAAGUACUUACUGUCCUCUUCUUUUUGGAGGUUGUGGGAUUCAAGAACUUAGCACUAAUGGACCCAUCCUCUAGUCUUUCCAGAAGUCCACCUAGCUACAUACCUCCUGACAGCCGUAUUUUGAGAUAUGCAGUGUCUGCCGCUCUUUGGCUAGUCAUUGGCAUUGUACAGAUCUUGUUCUUUGCUGUCUUUUAUGAGAGGUUUAUAGAAGAUAAAAUUCGACAGUUCGUGGAUUUAUGCUGUAUGAGCAAUAUAUCAGUGUUUCUUUUAUCCCAUAAAUGUUUUGGGUAUUAUAUCCAUGGUAGAUCAGUACAUGGGCAUGCAGAUACUAAUAUGGAAGAAAUGAAUAUGAAUCUUAAAAGAGAAGCGGAAAAUUUGUGUAGCCAGAGAGGUUUGGUGCCCAACACAGAUGGUCAGACUUUUCAGAUUGCAAUUUCUAGCCAGAUGAGACAACACUAUGACAGAAUUCAUGAGACACUAACCAGGAAAAAUGGCCCUGCUAGACUAUUGAGUUCAUCAGCAAGUACUUUUGAGCAAAGUAUAAAAGCAUAUCAUACUAUGAACAAGUUUCUUGGCUCUUUCAUUGAUCAUGUUCAUAAGGAAAUGGACUACUUUAUAAAAGACAAAUUGCUUCUUGAAAGAAUUCUUGGUAUGGAAUUCAUGGAACCAAUGGAAAAAAGCAUCUUCUACAAUGAUGAAGGUUAUUCGUUCAGCAGUGUUCUGUAUUAUGGAAAUGAAGCUACUCUUCUUAUCUUUGAUCUUCUCUUCUUCUGUGUUGUGGAUUUGGCUUGCCAACAUUUUAUUUUAGCAGCCUUCCUUACAUACCUACAACAAGAGAUUUUUAGAUUUAUCCGUAAUACAGUAGGACAGAAGAAUUUGGCAUCCAAAACAUUGGUGGAUCAAAGAUUCUGAUUUAUUUACAAGACUAGAUAACUUCAAGACUCCGUAUAAUCAUAGGCAAAAAAAAAAAAAAAAAA